AUACGGUAGUGGUGUGAGUACCAAGGUCCUUUUGUGAUUUGCUGCGUCGUAGGUUUAGGUCGUUAUGGAGUAAGCGAGAUAUAAUUUGUUCAGUUUGACAAAAAUGGUGAAUAAAUUGCUGUCUUUCUAUAGUAAAUUUGUAAGUCGAAACACUUUGUUGAAUAUAGUUACUGAAAACUAUCGUGGGUCAGGUCGGUGUAAGCAUUUCGUAAGUAAGUGUGAGCCAUGUAGUCCUUUGGGUGGAAACGGAUGGAAGUUUCGAGAUUUUCAUGUAUAUGGCCCAUAUAAAAAGAAUGAAGAUCGUCGUGAAAUGUAUGCUUCAUUGCCAGCAAGAGAUGAGGGAACCGAUGGAGAAAAGGGAGUGGAUAUUGAUUCUGUUAUAAAGAGUCGAGAAGAUAUGUAUCCCGAUGAGAACACACCAACACGAUUAUUUAACGGCAUCCCAUUUCGUGAUGUCCCCAUAUGCAAUAUAAAGGCAUCGAAAAAUAAUACAGUCAUCACCGUGAGUGAUGCCAAAGGAGAUGUGAAGUUGUUAAGGUCAUGUGGAAUGGAAGGCUUUAAAAAUGCACGAAAAGGAACAAAUAUUGCAGCACAAGCAACAGCCAUCAGUUUCAGUACGAAAGCCCUGGAGUUUGGAUACAAAACAGUACGUGUGCGAGUACAGGGUCUUGGACCUGGCCGAAUGUCUGCCAUAAAAGGUCUUCAGAUGGGAGGUAUGGACAUAAUAUCUGUGACAGAUAGUACACCAGUAUCUUGGAAUCCUCCACGACCCCGAAAACGGAGGAAAUUGUGAGCACAGAACCAGUGAAUUGGCAUUACACAGUUCAUCAUUCUCAUCAAGUCUGGAUUGUAUCUGAACAGUAGCUGUUUUAGGGUCAUGUAAGGCAUGUAUAAUACACUAUCCACUCACUGUAUGGAAGACAUGCCAGAUCUGUAUAAAUGUUGUACUUUACCUAAUCAUAUUAAGGAUUCUUAUUUUUCUCGGUAUGUUUUAUAUGAUAAAGGUGAAACUAUCUGGUGCUUUGAUCUGGCACUGUAGCAAAUUUGUCUGAUGUCUCAUAUACAGAUUAAAUUGGCAUCAUACCCAUUAUUUAUUUAUAUAUACAUACAUAUACACACAUGGUCAUAUGUAAAAGUAAAGGUAUCCCUGUAA